CUUCUUCUCUUAACUUAAAAUAUGCCUAUUCUUGAGAUUACUUCCAACCGCGCUCCCAGAGACGUCGAAUCCUUUGUCAAGACCUUGUCUGCCAGAUUUGCUGAAGCCAUUGGAAAGCCAGAAUCGUACUGUCUUGUAACCUUUACUCGUGUUGACUCUCUUUACUUUGCUGGUAACGGUGCUGCUGGUUUCCUCGCAAAGGUUGGCUCUAUUGGCCACAUUGAUAAUGAACGUAACGCUAGCUUGACUGCCCUUAUCACUGAUGUCUUGAAGAAGGAGUUGGGUACUGGACAUGACCGUGGUUACUUCCUCUUCUCUGAUUUCACUGCUGCCAACAUUGGUUUCAAGGACACCACUUUUGCUGAAUUGAGCGGAAAUAGAGUGAAAUUUUCUCGGGUUCACUUUGUAGUAUUUGCACUACUUGUGGUCUUGUUAGGAUCUGUUCCUACCACCAAUGCAGACGUCCAGACUGUGUUCGAUAGUCAGGACCCAAACACCCAUGGAUUGCUUCCUCAGCAAGUAGAAGAAUUGGACACCGAAAAAUACACUUUCCAAACUGAAAUCUCUCGUUUGAUGAGCCUCUUGAUCAAUUCGCUCUACAAAUCGCGCGAAAUCUUUUUACGUGAACUGAUUUCCAAUGCUUCCGACGCCCUCGACAAGAUCCGCUUCCUUUCGCUCACUGAUCCUUCUGCCCUGGGUGAGACUCAGCGGCUCAGGGUUUCGAUUGCCGCAGAUCCCGAAACCAAGACCCUCAUAAUCACCGACACUGGUGUUGGCAUGACUCGUGAGCAGCUCAAGCAAAACCUGGGCACUAUUGCCAAGUCCGGCACAGCAGAGUUUCUGCAGAAACUGGAAUCUAGCAAGAACGACGAAGAGGUCACACAGAUCGGCCAGUUUGGUGUUGGCUUUUACUCUGUGUUUUUGGUUGCCGACAAGGUCACCGUGGCCUCAAAGUCAAACGACGAUCCCGAUCAGCAUGUCUGGAUGAGCGAGGCUGUCGAUGAUUUUGUCAUCGCAAAGGAUCCACGUGGAAACACCCUCGGACGUGGCACUCAGAUCACAAUUCACCUCAAGGAUGAUGCACUCGAGUUCUUGGAUCAGAACACUCUCAAGAAACUGGUGACAAAGUACUCCGAGUUUAUCAACUUUCCUAUCUAUGUCUGGAGCUCGCAUGAAGAGACCGUAAAGAAAGAUUUGAGCAAUGAAGAUGAGGAUAACGAUGAAGAUAUUGAGGAAGAGAAGAUUGAGACACCUGGAGAAGAAAAAGAAGAAGACGAAAUCAAGACUGUCUACAAGUGGGAUCGCGUCAACACCCAGAAGCCAUUGUGGAUGAAACCCGCCAAGGAAGUGACGGAUGAAGAGUACAUUGAGUUCUACCGCGCCAUGGCAAAGGAACCCACCACUACUCCAUUAAGCUGGAUCCACUCAAAGGGAGAGGGCGACGUUGAGUUCAGAUCGAUCAUCUACAUUCCCCACAAGGCCGAUCCAAACUUCUUCCAGAACCUGGCCGAAAAGGUCCACAGCAUCAAGCUGUUUGUGAAGCGAGUGUUUAUAACCGAUGAAUUUGAGCUGCUUCCAAAGUGGCUGUCUUUCCUCAAGGGUGUUGUUGACGCUGACGAUCUUCCUCUCAAUGUAUCCCGCGAGACUCUGCAGAAACACCGAUCCCUGCGCGUGAUCUCGAAGCAUCUUGUCAAGAAGGCUCUGGACAUGUUCAGUCUGUUAGCCAAGGAAGACGAAGAAAAGUACGGUGUGUUUAUCAAGGAAUUUGGAUCGGCUCUCAAGUACGGCGCAAUCCAAUCCGACAGUCACCGUAAAAAGAUCUCGACCCUGUUGCGCUAUCCAUCUUCUUACGACCCAGUAUCGUCCUCGGCUGGUGUCAGCCUCGACAGCUAUAUCGAACGCAUGAAGAACAACCAGAAGUCGAUCUUUUAUCUCUCUGGCCAGACCGUGGCUGAGAUUGAACAGUCACCAUUUUUGGAGCGCCUGUUGGCCCGUGGAUACGAGGUCUUGUACAUGACUGACCCUAUUGAUGAGAUGUUGCUGCAGCGUAUGCCAGGUUACAAUGGAAAGGUUUUUGUUAAUGUGGCCAAGGGUGCAUUGAACUUUGGCGACGAAAAGGAAACUGCGGAGGAAGAAGAAAAGGAGAACCAGAGAUACGAGCCUCUGAGAAAGUAUCUCAAGGGUAUCCUUGCUGACCAGGUUGACAAGGUUGUGCUCUCCAAGCGCCUGACCACCUCCUGUAUGGCUAUUGUUGCAUCGGAUGUCGGUCUGACCGGACACAUGGAGAAGCUGAUGGCUGCUCAAAAUGUGAAUGGAAAGGAACAAGAUGCCAUGCUUCAGUUCAUGCUCUCACAAAAGAAGACUCUGGAAAUCAAUCCUGCUCACCCUAUUGUCAAGACUCUUCUUGAUCGUGUUGAGAAUGAUGACAUUGACCAAGAUACAGAGGAAAUGGUGACCGUGCUCUAUGAGACAACCGCAAUUCGUAGUGGAUACCCUCUCAAGGACCUCAACAGCUUUACAAAGCGUAUCGAGACCAUCAUUCGUAAGGGCGUCGGUGCUUCACUGACUGAGGAACCCGAGGUUGAUGUCGAGGUAGCAGCCGAAAAGUCUGAAGAAGAAAAGAUCAAGGAUCAAGAAUUUGCAAAGUCUGCAGAUGUUGAGGCCGAAGAGAUUACUCAUGAUGAACUCUAAAGAAUGUCUAUAAGCAUACCUAUAUCUAUAUAUACUGACCUAAAAAGCAAUGACUGUCUUGAAACCAUUGAGACUCUAUUAAAUAAAAUAUCAAUUAAUAUACCUUUUUUUAAAUGCUUGUCUUUUUCUUUUCUUUUUAUAC